AUGGAUAGGCGAAGAGUGUACGAAAGGCAGAACAGCUCUUCCGGGAUGCCGACGACGCCUUCAUCGCCGGGGAGCACGAUAACGCCAGUGAACCGCCACGCGCGUACAGGUUCCACUGGCUCCGCCAUGGCAGGUAUCCGAAGAGCACAGAACACUGCCACCAAGGCCGCCGCACAGAGACUCGCACAGGUCAUGUCGCAAACGGACGACGAUGGUGAAGACGACGAUGACGUUCCUCUCGACUACUCCUCAAUCACCGGCGCCGGAGGCAUUGGCCUCGGUGGUGGAAGACCGAUGCCAAGUCGCUCUCCCAUGGCAGUUCGUAGCAUUCAGGACCCAGCAGCGUCUGCAAGGUCCCGGUCACCGAUGUCAGUUCGCUCUCUUCAAGAUAAAAAUCCAUCUGCGAGAUCACGUUCUCCUGCGUCAGUUCGCCUCACGCAAGAUCCUUCGCUAUCUGCUAGAUCUCGAUCCCCAGCGUCAGUUCGCGCUGUUCAAGAGCAGCCACAAUCUUUGAGAGGCACAUCUAACGUUCGAUCAUCUCCCGUUUUAAAUGCUCUUCCUGCUGAGCAGACACCCACAGUACUGAAUAACGCAGAACAACCACCCUCUGCUCGUUCGGCGUCGGGAAACCGAUCUUUGGAUUUUUCUCCCUCUUCUCGCGCUAUGAUAUCGACACGGUCAACUCAACCCAGUAGCGCGAGCAUUGAUCAACCUCCCUCUGCUCGCUCAACCGUCGGCCGUCCCAGUGGACUUUCUAAGGUGGUUCCCAUGGUGCCUCCUAGUGUACCUAUCACCCUCAGACCAGCCUCUUCUGCUGGUGUUCCACCCUCUGAGCCUCUUACUGAUGUUAGAAAAGACAGAAGAUUGUCUCUUGAUCUGGGUAGUAUGAAGGUAAGAGAAAGCGCCAAUCAGCAGCAACCUACUAAUGAGCUUGAAGACGAGGUAGUACAUGGGUCCAUGCGCGAUCUAAUUAUUAGGGUCAUAUGCAUGCUUUUGAUGUCCUUUUUUUUCAUAUCGGUGGCACUAAUCAAGCUACACCUUGAUAUGUUACAAGAAGAAAAUGACAAUUUGGUUGAAAAGGUUCGACUUGCAGAAGAGAAGUUUGAGGAAGCUGAAUCAAGAGUCAGGCAACUAGAACAACAGGUUGCUAAUCUUGGCGAAGGUGUAACUAUGGAGGCUCGCCUUUUGGCCAGGAAAGAGGCAGCACUGCAGCAAAGAGAGGCCGCUCUGAAAAAUGCACCAAAGAAUCUUGGUUUUCAAGCGUCGGAUGCUGAGGACGAGGCGACGGUUGCUUUGGAAAAGCUACGGCUUAUGACUCAACGAAUGAUACUCAACGCGGAAGAAAUGGAAGAGGUUGCUUUAAAGAGGUGUUGGCUAGCUCGGUAUUGGGGUUUAUGCGUUCAACAUGGUAUUCAUGUUGAUAUUGCUGAAGCAAAAUACAAAUACUGGUCUAUGUUCGCCCCGAAUCCGGUUGAAGUUGUAUUAGCAGCAGGACAGAAAGCUAAAGAGGAAGCAGACCUCGAUGUAGAGGAUACAGAAAAUCGACGUGAUAUAAAGGAACUUUCAGGAGAGGGAAACAUUGAGAACAUGCUUUUUGUCGAGCAAGGAUUGCGACAAUUGGCUUCACUAAAGGUAGAGGAAGCAUUGGCGUUUGUAUUGGCUCAACAUAGGCGACCAAAUGUGUUAAGAUUUGGCUUUUCAGAUGACCUAAAACUACCGGUUGAAGGGCAGUGUGAUGCAUUUGAUUUGAGUCAGGAGGAGGCUGAAGAUGUAUCUUUUAAACAGGCUUGGCUUGCUUACAUUUGGAGGAGAGCAAAAAAUCAUGAAAUAGAACCUGACAUAGCAUACGAGCGUUUACAGUUUUGGAUCAAUCAUAACUCAAAGAUUCCUAAUUCACAAGAUGCCGUUGACGUUGAACGUGGACUUGCCGAAAUCAGAAGGUUGGAUAUUGAAACGCAACUAUGGGAUGAAUCACGCAGAGAGCUGGAGCAAGAUGCUGACAACUCCAACGUGCCUGGUCGGUCAGACUUUUAAUAUAUUUAAAUUAGGUUACAACAUUUACUUUUUCACAUUUUUUAAAUGGGUUUUGUAAUUUAGUUAAUCAAGAGUUGGAGUAAAAUAGGCUAUAA